GUAGUUUCGUAACUCCAAGUACCUUUCCGAAGGGGGCAGGAAUGGCGGCUAUGAUUACUAGAGGAAGGAGCCCAAAGAUCCUAAAACUUUACUCGUAAAGGCGCCGUGGAGGACGCGGUUUGCGGCGAAGCGCAGAAUCUCCUCCCCGGAGCGCAUUGUGGAGAAAGCGGAGCUUUCAGGUCGGAUUCAUGCGGUACGGGUCCAGAUCGAGGCGCUGGACAGCUAGUUAGCCUCCCGUUAGUGACUUUGAUUGGAGGUUAGCUCUCCGCUUUACUAGCCAGCUGUUGGCCACUCUGCCAGGCUGCCCAACAAGUUAACCAACUGUGCGGAGCCGCUCGUGGGCGGACCAGUCCGGUGGAAGUCGGCCGCGCUCGCCCGCAGACGGUCACGGACGGCGGGGGCAGCUCUCGCGCGGUGCUCGGUGUCCCCGUUAGCUCGGAAAUAACGCUAGCGGAGUUGGGAUCCCGCUGAAGUCUCGCCCAUUCUCGGAUCCUGCCCCAGCCAUUGGCUAAGGGCUAGCGCUGCUGCUCCCCGGGUCAGCUCGGUGCUACGAUGGAGAGCCUCACGCUGAGCGACGUGGAGCAGAAGUACUACUCGGAACUGUUCGUUUACUGCGACACGGACAACACCAAGAAAGUGGCCUCAAACGGGAGAGUUCUUGACCUUUUCCGGGCGGCCCAGCUACCCAGCGAAGUUGUCCUACAGAUCACAGAGCUGUGUGGAGCCACUCGUUUGGGUCACUUUGGGCGGAGCCAGUUCUACAUCGCCUUGAAGCUUAUUGCCAUCGCCCAGGCGGGGCUGCCCCUCAGGGUGGAGAGCCUGAAUUCGGUCAAGGAUCUGCCGCUGCCCAGGUUCAUCGUGGGGAAGAACGAGGCAGAAGCGAGACACGCUGCUCUGUACCAGGAUGCAGACGGUCAGGGCUUGUACCCACCCCCUGGUAUUGCAGUAAUACCCAGACCACCAGGUAGGGGUCUCCAGAACAAGAAGGGUCCUCCUUCAACCACAGCACACCCCGUCCAUGAAGUCAUCCAGCCCCUCGCCCCCAGCAUAGAAACACAGCCUGAACCCACGUCGCCAGUCGUCUCACCUCACCAGUCGCCCCCCACCUCCCCUCACUCCUGGAGGAAGCACAAGCGGCAGCCUAGCGGAGGAAACGCAGAAAGACCGGCGGCUGUGGCUGCACCUGGAGUUGCAUGGACUCAGUUCAGAGAACCACAAACAGGUCCAGCUGGCGCUGACGGCAUGUGGCCGUCCCACUCACCACCUCCUGCAGGUCAGGAAAGCUGGGUCAGUUUCACGGCAGACACCCCGCCCUCCAGCACCCUUCCGGCUGCGCACCCUUCAUCUGUUCAGGAAAGCACAACAGUACGAACCGUGACGUCGUCAGCACUAACCAACGAGAUCCAGCGGCAGUCCAGCGGCUACGACGACCCCUGGAAGAUCACGGACGAGCAGCGGCAGUAUUACAUCAACCAGUUCAAGACCAUUCAGCCCGACCUCACCGGCUUCAUCCCAGGCUCAGCAGCUAAAGAGUUCUUCACCAAAUCAAAGUUACCCAUCUUAGAACUGUCACAUAUCUGGGAGCUGUCGGACUUUGACAAAGACGGAGCGCUGACGCUGGACGAGUUCUGCGCCGCCUUUCACCUGGUGGUGGCCAGAAAGAACGGCUACGACCUGCCGGAGAAGCUGCCAGAGAGCCUGAUGCCAAAGCUGAUUGACCUGGAUGAUUCAGCAGAAGUCCCCGAGCCGACUGCAGACGUGGGCUACUCGGCGUCGCCUGUAGAGGUCACCCCCAACAAGUCCCCCUCCAUGCCUUCGCUCAACCAGGCGUGGCCCGAGAUGAACCAGAGCAAUGAGCAGUGGGAGACGUUUAGCGAGCGCUCCUCCAGCUCUCAAACUCUGACCCAAUUUGACUCUAACAUUGCACCAGCUGACCCUGACACGGCCAUCGUUCACCCCGUUCCCAUCCGAAUGACUCCCAGUAAGAUCCACAUGCAGGAGAUGGAGCUGAAGCGGACCGGCAGCGACCACAAUCAUCCCACAAGUCCUCUGUUGGUUAAGCCUCCAGAACUGACAGAAGAAGCCAAGUUGCCCGCUUCCAUGAAGUUUGUUGCUGCCAACGCUGUGGGUGACGGUUACAGCAGCUCCGACUCCUUCACCUCAGACCAGGAGCCCAUCACCCGCCAAAGCCCUCUCACUCCCGCUCUUCGUCUCUGGACAUGAAUCGCACUUUCGCCGCCUCCUCUGCUGCGGGAGCGGCGCAGCCCUCGGCGAUAGCUUUCCCCCCCGCAGUGCCUCCUCGACCCCUCCCCACACAGACGUCGGUGCCUCUCUCAGGGCUUCGGGUGGAGACUGAGGCCGGCCCGACGAGGGGAGCGGUGCUCUCCACCACCUCCCCCCAGCAGAUCCCACAGCAGCCCAACUUCGCAGACUUCAGCCAGUUUCAGGCCUUCGCCGCUUCAGAGCAACCGUCCAGCCUGCCAGAGGUGGACAAGCACAGCGAGGAAGCACAGGCGGAGAAGACAGCAGAGGGCGCUGCGCCUUUAAGAACUGUGAAGAGCGACGGUCCUGCUGAUGACAGGAGCAGUGCGGCGGUAAACUCUGCUAAGGGCUCCUCCGGCCCACUAGCUCCGCCCCCAAAGCCGGUCCGUAGGAGGUUGAAGUCGGAGGAUGAGCUCCGACCUGAAGACGAGCAGCCUGGGCCGCAGAAGGCCAACAUCCUGCCGGCUGCCCUCGCCACGCAGCCGUCCAUUCCCAGGUCGGCCGGAAAGGACAAGAAGUCAAUCCAGGCGUCCAUCCGGAGGAACAAGGAGACCAAUACGGUUCUGGCGCGGCUCAACAGCGAGCUGCAGCAGCAGCUGAAGGACCUGCUGGAGGAGAGGAUUUCCUUGGAGGUGCAGCUGGAGCAGCUCAGGCCCUUCUCACACCUCUAACCCCCCCUGUGCGGGCACGCGGCUCUCCUCCAAUCAGACGUGGAUGACGGGCGUGGGAAAGGGGGGGCGGGUUGACUUGGCACUUUCCAGUUUUCUCUGAAGAGAGGCGGUCCGGACUCUGAAGGAGGAAACAAAUGCUUGUGUGUCUGUGUGUGCGCAUCAGUGUGUGUGUGUGUGUGUCCACACCAAAACUCCGGUCAAGUGCCUGACCUUCACAAACCCCUCCACCCCCAAACCCCCCACUUAGAUCCCAAACUCGCUCCUCGAAAACGUCUUCCAGCUUCUUUCAUCCCAUUUUCCUGAACUGGACCCAAACAGGCGUUUCUUCUUCACUCCGCUGAGUUUGGUGUGUUCCUGAGAGCGCGCCGGCUCCCCCUGGUGUCUGUCUUUGGUGUUGCAGUGUUUGAGGAUCGACUGAAGCGUUUUUGCCAAACGACCGGAUUCUUCAGUUUCACAUUUCACUCUUUGGGAAAAAAAAAGUUCUGUGCAAACUUGAAGAGUUUCCGUUGCCACAGAAAGGUUCUCCUCCCUGACGCUGGCACUGGGGGUGGAGCUUCUGUGGCAAAAGGCGGGACUAUGCAUUUUGAUAGAGGGACUUGGCCUCAGCGGUUGGCGCUCUCAUCGUAGCGGAAAAAGCUUUUUUUGUUUUUGUUUUUUAUCAUAGAUCUUCCAGCUGCUGCGUGCUUGUGGUUCUGGUGCCGGUACCGAUCAGUAGAACUCAGAGUUUCAGUCAGCAGAAACCUGAUUGACCCACGCUGCACUUUGACCUCGCCCACCUCACACCAAUGUUCUUUUAUAAAUGCUUUAAGACGAAGAAACGAACCAAUCAGAGCGCUCGGUUUCUUCAGAUCUCCUCCGUGUUCAGCCCCUCCCACACGCCAACCCUCUAUCUAUUCAGGUGUGCAGGUUUCCAUGGUAACGGGGUGAUCUCAGAUCUUUUUCUUGAUCCAGAGGAAAUCUUAUUUAAACAUUUGCAUUCAUUGCUGCCUAACAGCAUCAGAAUCAUCUAUUUAAUUCUCUCCUGGCUGUGGGACUCUAGAUGUUGAACUGCAUGGAUGUUCUGGAUCUCUGCAGGAUUCAUUAGCAGCUGUGUGAUUUUUACACAAAAAUAAAAAGUGACAUUAUUUUA